CUGGUAAUAUAUUUUCUGCUUUUGUCAGGAUACUAAUGUAAGCCGGCACAUCUUAAUUAUUCAUCGUCAAAUAUCUGUUUCACCAAAACAGACAUCACUAGAACUAUACCGAAGUUCUAAUGCAAAAUUAUCUUUAUUGAGGAUGACAGCAACAACGAGGAACGUUGACUUAAACCUCUAAAUCAAAAUAAAGCAAGCUAGUUUUUAAAAUGUCAACAAUGGUACAUCGAAGGGCUGGGCACGAAGUCGUCUGAGCAAAUCAGCCAAUGAGGUUUUGAACCGGCGUCGUGCCAUCGCGAGCUAGCUUUUGAGCUGACUGCAUGGUUGCAUAGUUUUCCACAGUUAUUACCAUUAACAACUCAAAGAAAAGAUGUUUAAUUAUUUCAGUCGCCGUUUUUUAACUGAAGUCAAGAAAGUUGUUAUAACAAAGGAAUAUGUAAUGAACCCGCUGACUGUUCCUCUCCAGUAAUGUGCUAUUUUUAGAUUUUUACCGCUACCGCCAAUGACGUCCUUGCUAAGGCUGAGUUAAUAUAGUGAGGUUUCGAAAUUUUUAUACUUCUGUCAACUUUUUAAUGGAAGAAUCUUAAAACACUUACAUAAAACUUAUAUAUGUUACGAAAAAGCAUGUUUGAUAGACAUGCUCGUGUAGUCACUUUGAUGUAAGGUGACUUGACAUCGAUGUAGUCAACAUCAACAUGGCGAUGCUCGGUGAUAAACACGCAGUGAACGCCUUCUAUGUUAAGCGAAAUUGAUUCCUCUUCCAUAUUUGACGCAUAACAGCAUGGUGCUGUCACGGCUUUUCCGUGAAUAUGGAAAAAUAUGUGCAACUCACCCGUGGGAGGUGAUCAUCAUCUCUCUCACUGUCAUGCUCAGUCUGGUGUCAGUGAGUGCUUACCCUAGUCCUGAAAUUGACAAGAUAUGUGGGUGGAACCAUGUAUGUGAAAAUGCUGAGGAAAUACAAAACUUUAACGUUAUAUUGACUGUAAUACGAUGCCUGGCAGUUCUAUACAUCUAUCUACACUUUAGAAAUCUGCAACGUCCUGGGUCAAAAUACCUUUUAGGUAUUGUAGGAGUGUUCACCAUUUUGGCAAGUUUCAUGUUCAGUGUUGCAUUCAUGAAGCUGGUAGGAAGUGAACUGAGGGGACUAAGUGAAGCAUUGACGGUCUUUCUUUUACUGGUGGAUGUUGGGAGGGCCAGUGCUCUCCUUCGUUGUACUCUCAGAUCAGAAACACAGGAUGAGGUGAAGGCCAAUAUUGCUCACGCUAUGGCUGUGAUUGGCCCAGCCAUUACACUUGAUGCUAUUGUUGAAACACUGCUUAUUGGUGUGGGCACACUUUCAGGUGUGAAACAACUGGAGGUCCUCUGUUACUAUGGGUGCUUGGCAAUCAUUGCUUACUAUCUGGCAUUCAUGACUCUAUACCCAGCAUCUUUGGCACUUGCCUUGGAGAUUUUGCGGGAGCGCAACCAAGGCAAGCCCUUAAAGCACCUUCAGAAGUUAGCAGGCAUCCAACAGAGCGAGGAGCGGGAAGAAAAGCCAAACCCAGUCAACCAAUAUGUCAAAAUAAUCAUGUCAGCAGGUUUGUUUUUGGUUCAUGCUCGGAAUCUUCUGGUCACCGAGGGAGGACAGGGCACUGAAAAGGGAAGUUCAGAUAGGAUGCUACUUGUUCCUGAUCACCCUCAGGACCAACCUAAGAAACACAUGGAAUCUUGGCAUGGCAAUGUUUUUGGGAUGCUGAAUGAAAACUUUGACUAUUUCAUAACAUUGGCUGUGGCUCUAGCACUUACCCUCAAGUACAUUUACUAUGAUAAUGAUGUGGACCAGCAAAUAGACAGUUUGCCUUCACCGCAGUCACUUGAUGUUGGAAAGAGGGAAGUAUGCCCUUCACCAGCUGCUGUGACAAAGUCCCCUAUGUUCACUCUUGAUGACAGUGAUGGUGAGGAUACGAAGAGCGUUGCUGAAAAGGCAGUACAGACAGAGAACUCAGCUAUAUCAUCUGAGAAAACAAAAGGUUAUAUUGCACCUUCUAUCCUGCAGGACACCAAAGCAUCAGUGUGCCGCAGUUUGGAAACAUGCCUGGAAAUAUUGAACUCUGAUGAGGGAGCUGGAGCACUAACAGAUGAGGAAGUUAUGCUGCUGGUUCAAAAGAAGCAUAUACCAUCAUAUAAACUAGAAAAGGUUCUGAACAGCUAUGAGAGAGGUGUCCAUAUUAGACGACAGAUGCUGCUUCUUCAGCUUCCAUCCAGAUCAGUUUUGGAUCAUCUCCCCUAUAUUAAUUAUGACUACAGCUUAGUGGAUGGUGCUUGUUGUGAAAAUGUGAUUGGCUAUAUGCCUGUUCCUGUUGGUUUUGCUGGACCACUUUUGCUAGAUGGCAAACGAUUCACAGUUCCCAUGGCAACAACAGAGGGAUGCUUGGUGGCCAGCACAAACAGAGGCUGUCGAGCUUUAGAGCAAUGUGGUGGGGUACAAAGUUGUAUGUUUGGAGAUGGCAUGACACGAGCCCCUGUGAUUCGCUUCCCAUCAGCAAAACGAGCAAGUGAAGUCAAACAGUGGUUACAAGAUAGUGACAACUUUGAUAAAGUCAAGGAAUGGUUUGAUGUUACAAGCAGAUUUGCCCGACUGCAGCAUCUGACCAUUGUACUGGCUGGUCGUCAACUAUAUAUUCGUUUUGUGUCUACCACUGGUGAUGCUAUGGGGAUGAACAUGCUUUCUAAGGGAUCAGAAAAUGCACUUAAAGAACUUUCUAAGGAGUUCCCAGACAUGGAAAUUAUAAGCCUCAGUGGAAACUUUUGUACAGACAAAAAACCAGCUGCAAUAAACUGGAUUGAAGGAAGGGGCAAAUCUGUUGUGUGCGAAGCAACAGUCUCUGGACACAUUAUCAAGUCAGUGCUGAAGACAUCAGCAGCAGCUUUGGUUGAUCUCAACAUCCAGAAAAAUCUGGUUGGUUCUGCCAUGGCAGGCAGCAUUGGAGGCUUUAAUGCUCAUGCAGCCAACAUUGUGACUGCUAUUUACAUUGCUACUGGACAGGAUCCAGCUCAGAAUAUUGCCAGCUCCAACUGUAUGACGCUGAUGGAGACUGCAGGUAUUUCUGGUGAAGACUUGCAUAUUACCUGCACCAUGCCAUCACUUGAACUUGGCACUGUUGGAGGAGGAACUGUACUGUCUCCCCAGGGUGCAUGUCUUGAGAUGCUUGGUGUGCGUGGUUCCAAUCCUGAGAGGCCUGGUGCAAAUGCAGAGCAGUUAGCACGAAUUGUGUGCGCCACAGUCCUAGCUGGUGAACUGUCUCUUUUGUCAGCCCUGGCUGCUGGACAUCUAGUAAAAAGUCAUCUUCGACAUAACAGAUCGUCCCUGAGUCUUAAUCCUGUCACUUCCAUGAGCCAAAAAAAUCUGACUUUAGUACCAGGCACCUGCACUCAAGGAUGCUCUUGAUAAAAUUUAUAUUUAGUUGUGAUGUGUUCAAAUUGGAGAGGUUGCCACCUGGUGUCUGCCGGAAUAUUGACAUUGUGAACCACAGGCACAGAUAAUACAUGCACAUGCUGAGUUUAGUCCUUGCCACCUUGAUUAAUAUGUUCUUUCGUCAGCUGAAAUAAUGCAUUGCUAGCUUUUAUGAUAACUUUUUUGUGGCUGCAGGGAAAAAAGGAGGAGCAGAUCAUAGUGUCAUUGAAUGAAUGUCAUUAUAAUUUUGCCACUGUUUGCUUCUACCUCAUUUUUAAUUGUUAUUUAUUUGAAAAGUAGUAGGUUAAACUUUUUUUUUUUUUAUUAAUUCAUAAGUAUUUAUUCACACUAUUUUGUGCUUGAGUUGUGAGAAAAACAUGGGCUUGCUGCAUACCAUGUAAAAAAAUUCAGUAUUAAGAAGCAUUUAUAAAACUCAUUGGCAUUAAUAAUAAACAUUACUUUGUGCAAAAUUUUCUGUAAAAACAGUUAACCCAAAAUGUUACCCAGGCUUAAUGCUGCAAUCAGGUUGCCCUGAAUUAGCUGUUCAUACAAAAUUCUAGGACAAUGCUUAAGGGUUAAGACCAAGGAAGUGAAUGUUGGUUUAGCUUUAUUCAUCAGUCCUUUUCUUUCUCCUGUGGCCAUUUGAUGACGUAUAACUAGUUAACUUUAUCAUAAAUUUGUUACAAGAUGUCUAAUAGCUUUGGAUCAGAGCUUCUCAUAAAAUCUAAUUUUUUGCUUACAAACUUGCUACAGAUCACAGGGAAUAUUGGUUGUAAUUGUUUAUACCUCCGCACAAACAUCCUCAUUUUUAAAAUCACAUCAUUAUAAAUGGCUUCUAAAUCCUUGUUGGCAAUAGCAUAUUGCUUGUGGGCCAAAUAUUUUGAUCCAUCAUUGAUUCUGACUUUCCUUUUCUUGGUUUUGAUGAAUAUUUUAGAGAUGCAUGGCAGAAUUGUGCUUUUGAGGAAUAUUGUUUGCUAGAAGUAAUAUUCACUUGAGCAGGUAUUGUUCUUCACAAACCAAUCCUUUCUUACCUUUUAAUGAAAGAUUGCAGAAGUUAAGAAUCUGCAUGUAUAAAUAUCUCUAGGAUAUAUUGCUUCGUAGAUGAACGUUAAGGCAGUUUUCAGAUUCAGGUUAGUUGAUCAGUUUCUGUUGUUGAGCUGAUGUUGCUAAAGGUGUUUUUCUGGACCAUGUCUAUGAUCAUGAAGUUAGUCUUUCUCAUCCUUACCUACACUUUCACAUUGCACACCAGAUGGCAUAGCAACAAAAAUAUUUUGCCAAGAGCUAACAUUUGUGAUUGUUUGCUUAGGAAUUAAGAAGAAUAAACAUUUAAAGGUUACAUUUUUGUAAUACAAUGCCAGACACACAAUUUGCAACCAAUGUUAUUGAAAGUAUCUCCUACUUGCAUAUUUCAAAAUAGUUGUUUAACUUUUUACGAUGCAUGUUCAUUCUCUUGAUUUCAGUACGCUUCAAUAGUCAUGAGUGAAGUCACUGGGCGACUAAAGGGUGCUAUCAUAAAAGUUUAUAACCUAGUCCUGUCUCUAGUAGCUGUAACCAAAUGAUAAGAAGCUUACAGUAUGUACAUUCAAGUCUGAGGCCAGGAAUUUUAUACAGUAAAAAUUCCUUAUCUAGGCUCAUGACGACUUGUGUGUUGUGGUGGGGGAGUGGGGGGACCUUGUUGCAAUCAUGCUACUUUCACGUUCAAUGUAGUUGCAUGUAUUUGUGCUUUUCACAUUGUAAGACUAAAAGGUGCUUGUAACUGCAUAUUGAUGUCGGACUGUGUUCUGUACUUGUCAGUAAAUUGUGGCUUUUUCUAAGUGAUGUAUGAAGGUGAAAGUUCAUUGUUUUUUACCUGUUUAACUUACAUUUAUAUUUAAUGUAAGAAAUGGAGAUUCUCGUAAUUGGGAGGAUCUUCUAAUAUGAAAUAAAAAUGAAUGAUUUUAAAUCCUCAA